AUGAGUAAUGAAAACACAAGACUUCCUAAAGCAUCCAGCGAGACGAUUACAGUUGAAGGGCAAGAAAUUACUGAAGAUCCUGUUUUUCGACAAAUUGUUAGAUGUUAUUGUACGAACGUAGUUAGAAGUCAUGGGCCGCUUUCGGGCUUUCGUGUCUUGGACUUAACUAGAAUUGUUGCUGGUCCCUAUUGUACGAUGAUUUUAGGCGACUUGGGUGCAGAUGUUAUUAAGGUUGAACGAUUAAAAACUGGUGAUGAAUCCCGAAAGUGGGGCCCACCAUUUAUGAAAAAUUCCACCGAUAGUUGCUAUUUCAUGGCAAAUAAUCGCAAUAAACGUAGUAUAUGUAUUGAUAUAAAGUCCACAAUUGGGAAAGAGAUUAUUUAUAAGCUUGCAGAACAAAGUGAUGUGCUUGUAGAGAAUUAUGUGCCUGGUAAAUUAGAUGCUAUGAAUCUUGGUUAUGAAGACCUAAAGAAAGUGAAUCCUCAGUUAAUAUAUUGUUCAAUAACCGGUUAUGGCUCCAAGGGACCGUAUGCUAAAAGACCAGGGUACGAUGUAAUUGCUGCUUCCUUAGGUGGGUUAUUACAUAUCACUGGUCCUAAAAAUGGUGAACCCUGUAAAGUUGGUGUAGCAAUGACUGAUAUUGCAACAGGCCUUUAUGCACAUGGAGCAAUAUUAGCAGCUCUGUUGCAACGAUCUAGAACUGCCACUGGGCAAAAAAUUGAAUGUAAUCUACUCUCAACACAAGUUUCAACACUUAUCAAUAUAGGAAGUAAUUACCUUAAUGCUGGUUCAGAAGCACAGAAAUGGGGAACAGCACAUGAAAGUAUUGUACCUUAUGAAUCAUUUCCAACCAGAACAGGUUAUAUAACUGUUGGAGCUGGAUCAGAUGAUCAAUUUAAAUUUCUUUGUAAAAGGUUAUCUGCAUAUGAUUUAAUGUCUGAUGAAAAAUAUUCAACAAAUGCUGUUCGUGUGAAGAAUAGAGAAGGAUUGAUAACGUCAUUAAGAGAAAUAUUUGCACGCAAAAGCACUGAAGAGUGGCUAAACAUAUUGGAAGGAGCUCCAUUUCCUUAUGCACCAAUAAAUAAUCUUAAAGAAGUUUUUGAUGAUGAACAUAUUAAAGCUAUAGGUAUUGUCAAGGAUAUAUCACAUAACAUAUAUGGAUCUGUUAAAAUGGUUGGACCUCCUGUUGAGUAUAGUAAUAUGGAAAGCAAAGUUCUUAGGCCACCCCCGAUGCUAGGGGAGCACACAGAAGAAGUUUUGAUGGAACUGUUAGAAUAUGAUCUAGCUAAGAUAGCUACUUUAAGAUCACAACGAAUCAUACAGUAAAAUAUAGAAAGCUGUUGCGGAAAUAGAUGUAACAACAGAUAGUUAACCGUUUUGGUGCCAUUUCACAAUAUAUCAAAAAGUGCCAAGAAUAAUUACUCUCUGAAAUUGGAGUAAGAGGAAAUAAUGUCUAACUUUUGUAAAUAUGUUACAAUUUUCAAAUUUUUUUUCAAUGAUAAUUUCUAUGGUUCAUUUUAUGAAAAUAUAGGCCAGAAAUCAUAAUUUCUGUAAAUAGUCGAACAAUUUUGACAGAAUCAAAUUCAAACACACUGACACAUGUGUCACUACAGCGCAUCUGGCACUUUGUUUAUAGAACUCACUGAAACAAUUAAAUCAUUUAUCUUGAAACAUUUGCAUAUUGAAAAAUUAUUAACAUUAUUAAAAAUUUAGAUAUCUGGAUAUAAGCAUUUGAGAAGCGUAAAUAUACAAUUUAUAUUUAAAUUUGUUGUCAUAAAAAUAUUUUUUUUUUUUCAUCACU